UCAAGGAUUUUUCGUCGCUUGUUGUCGCUGUGUCCAUGAAAAGUUUGUGUGUGUGUUUUUUUUCCUUCCUGAAAGUUUACACAGGGCUGUUGUUGCGCGCAUCCAACAUGACAGAGAAAGUAACGGACAUCGCGGCUGGCAGUGAUUCCCUGCUGUGCUGGUUACUGCAAUGAAUGGUAACACUGUCCAGCAGACCACAAGCACUGCACCCUCUGUAGCACCCCCUUGUGGAUGGAGGGAGUUCUGUGAGUUGCAUGCCAGCACCACGGCCCGAGAACUUGCCCAGCACUACCGGUGCUUCGUCAGAGAGCGGCCAGUGCAUGAUGUGGUCCCUCCAGAAAGUUUCUCUAAGCAAUUCAGCGCCCUUUUCCAGCACCACUUCAGCUGCGAGGUUGCUAAAAAUGCAGAACCUGCCCCAUGGCUGCCGCCUCCACCUCCCUUACUGCCCAUGACUGCCCGCUUGCGCAUCACUUCCUUCUCAGGGGUGCUGGACUACCGGGAGACCGUGCGGCCGGGAGGGACUCCACUAGUUGCUGUGUUGGCACCCAAACCAGAUGCCGCCAGCAUCCCUAGGGAACAGGAGCAGUUGCUGCGCUGCUCUUCUGCAGACACUACACACAGAACACGGCAUCAUAACCAGGAAGAUGAACACCCGGAGCGGAGGACCGGGUCUGAACGAUAUUCUCCCCCUUCGUUUCCCUUUCCUUCCCGUAGUGAAGUAACCCACUUUUCCAUCAGGGGUAUUCGAGAAAGCGUAUGCCGACUCUUUAAAAAAUCCCCGCAACUUGACGAAUCCUCAAGUGGUCUCCAAAGGGAGGAUUCGAUCAAAGGGGCCGGACCCUCUGCGACUCAAACCCCACCUCAGACAGUGCAGGUACCCGUCCAUCACACCUCGCAGAAGGGUGCGCGGUGGGAACGAUGGAAUCCGUUGAGAACUGUGAGAAGGAGGCAAGAGUCAGGAAGUGUUUGUAAAGAGGGACAGCUGAGGUACCUGGAGGUGGAUGACACUAUCUCGGACACGCCCCCACAUUGGUUGCGCUGCCGCCUGCAGGUCAGGAGGAUCAACGAACAAACCACUAGUGAGAAGUACCAGCUGGAGCUCUAUGACCCGCCUAAGGACUACAAAACGGCAAAGCUCACUGUACCCUGUUCGGACAUCCAAGAGAUUCGACGCUGUAAUCGCCUAGAGAUGCCAGACAACAUGAACACAUUUGUCUUAAAGGUUACUGGUCAUCCGGGUAGUUUUUUAUUUGAGGCUGAUAAUGAGCAGCAGGUCAGCUCUUGGACCACAGAGCUCAGAGAAUGCAUCACCAGCAGGUCAGAUAAUGUGGAUAGAGAGCAGUUUCCUGUUAGUGACUCGCUCAACGCAGCUCGCAGAGGGAGCACAGAGCACGGCGGCCAGGGCUCUCUGGGUUUCGGACUCGCAGAGCACACCUACAAUAAAACAGAUCACUUCCUGUCCUCUUACCCAUGGUUCCAUGGGCCCAUAUCACGUGUGCGGGCCGCCUGUCUUGUACAGCAUGCUGGGGGCAGCGGUCAUGGGAACUUCCUCGUGAGACAGAGUGAGACACGGAGAGGAGACUACGUCCUCACGUUUAACUACCAGGGCAGAGCAAAGCAUUUGCGUUUAUCUUUAACUGAGUGGGGUCAGUGUCGUGUGCAGCACCUGCGUUUCCCAUCAGUCAUGGACAUGCUGAGUCACUUCCGCAACUGUCCAAUCCCGCUGGAGUGCGGCGCCGCGUGUGAAGUUAUGUUGGCCAAUUAUGUGCGGGUAAACCCCACUCACACAGGUCAGAGUUCGGCUCUUGGCUCUCCGUUAUUGGUGCCGUUCUCUCGCUGGAGCUCGGAGCCGAGUCUGGCUCACUGUAGUCCGGAUUCUUGCCCUCAAUCCAGCCCCUCCACGGUCCAGUCGUCCGCAUUAGACGCGCUCCAGCACCACAUGCCCCUUUCAUUUCCAGAUCGCCCCGUUCCCGUCCCCCUGCGCCGGAGCGAGUCGGUGGGCCGCAGAAACCUGCUCCGCCACCCAAACCCGCUGCCGCCCCUACUGGCCAACCGGGACUCUGACUACGAGCUGGAGCCUCCCAACAGGGGGCGCAAGAGAGCCAUCGACAACCAGUACAUGUUCUUCUGACAGAGACAGAGGAUGAAGAAUAGAACAAAAGAUGAAAAGUGCUCCAGAAUUCCCGCCUGGAUGGAGAGCACUCGGCAGCCAAAUGGAGAAAGGAGUUGGAGUCGUGCGAGAUUGCGCACGAGACUCGGGGUAGAGGCACGUGUGGCACUCGUGUGUUGCACAUGUGUUUGAACAGUACUGCCAGACACCUGACACCCAACCCUGCCAGCUGUCUACCUUGUGAAUGUAUUAUACAGAUGUUUCACUAUCAAAUCGUUGUAGAAAAACUCAAGUAAGAAGGUGUAAUAGACGGCUGCUCAGAGGAUUUGUUGGAAGUAGCAGAUGGGAACGUUUCACGAUGGCGUCAACAAACCAAGGGUCUAUUCAAAAACACGUCUGUGUCUACACUGGAAGCGGCCGACAUCGCAACAACUUGAGGUCGUCUGCACUGGAUACGUUCACAGUCAGCAGUAAGCUCGAGGCUAGACUUUAGUAAUCAACGAUUACUAAAACAACAAUCAAUCAGACCAAAACUUUUGUUUGUUUGUUUGUUUUAAACAGAAAUUGAUAUAUAGCAUGUGAUUGGUUUGAUCAUUUUAUGUAUGUUUGUAUUCCUACAACUGCAUAUUCUUAUUAGACAAAACAAAAUCAUUCAAAUUAGUACGUCAGACCAGAAGGCUAGACUUCAGCGAUCAUUAAAAUAACAUUUUUUUUUAUUUAUCUUUAUCUUAUUAUAAAAAUAUAUUUUGCAUAUGAUUAACUUUAUUGUUAAUGUUACAAAUGUUUGUAUUCCUGCAAAUGCACAUGCAUUUUUUUUUAGAAAUCAUUAAAAAUCAUUAAAAUUAGUAAAAUUAGAAGGCUGAGCGAUUAUCAAAAUGACAAUAAAAUCACUUUAAUUUUUUUUAAUAGAAAUCUAUUAUAGAAUUGAUUUUGAUUAAAUUUAUAAUAAAUUGUACCUAUGUUAGAAUUUCUACAACUGCAUGUGCGAAUGGAUAAAAAUAAAUAAUUAUUAAAAUGAUUGUCAGAUUAGAAACAUCAUGAGCUGGCUUUUGUUAUAACGGUCAGAAUUUAUUUAAACCUGUAAAGAAUAUAAUGUAAUGUAUACAAAGAAAUUAAGCAAAUUAUAUUUUCUUUAUAAAAUCGCUUAAUUUUAGAUGAGGCUGGAGUCCGAAAGAGAAAUGGAGAAGUGGGGUGUCCACAUCAGGUGAUCACAGUGUAGACGACAACUUUUAAUUAUGACCAGAGUCAUUUAGUUUUGUCGCAGGUGUCUGGUGUAGAUACAGGGUUUAAUAUCUAAAAGAUUCAAAAAAUUUUAAUCUGGAUGCACACACACACACACACACACACACACUUUCAGAUUGUUUAUGUAUUAUACAAUAGAUACACAGGUUUCUAUAUGUUUUGUGUAUUAGAAAGCCAAAUAAUAUAGACUAUAGAACCACAUGUUAACAUCAACACAGUAAGUCGUGUCAUCUUGGAUGCUAGAGGUUCACAGUUUAACUGACCAAAGAAUAAAAUUCACCAAACCAAACCAGCAAUAGCUAGAAUUAUAGGUAAUAUGUUUUUAUGCCUCAAUUGUCAUAUUUUAUAAUGAACUUGUUUUAACCUAUGAAUACAUUCUUUCUAUCUGUUUUAACACAUUUUAACCUGUUUCAUGGCUUUAUUAGCUGUAGAAAUACUACUUUUAAACUAACAGCUUCCAAAUCUGACACCGUAAAUAGUUGAUUUUAUGCUAUUUUUCUGUCAUUUUUCACUAGAAAAAAAAAAAACAUUGCUUGAUGUUUUUGGAGCUUGUUCUCCUUUUUGUCUUUUUCUGAAUUGUUGUGAAUGUCUUUAUUUGUGGCUUAACACUACCACAAUACUCUGUAUUAAGCACAGAUGCCCAAAUCCCUUAAUAUCUCAUUCAUACAGAAUUUGGCAAAAUCACAUUUCAGUCAAAUGUCAAAAGAAAAAAUAUAUAAUUAAAAUAAUUUAUAUAUAUAUAUAUAUAUAUAUAUAUAUAUAUAUAUAUAUAUAUAUAUAUAUUAUGAUAUUAUAAUUCUAAAUAAAUAAUAAUGGUCCUAAAAUAAGCUUCAUACCAUAUAAUUACUUUUUUCUUCUGGUUUUGUGAGUUUCAAUUAAUGAUCCAAACCAAGAAAACUUUCUAGACUCUCAUCUGCUUUGCUGCAGAAUCCGGUCUGUGCUACAGUACAUUUAGUUCUUGCUCUUCAGAUCUUUAUCAGCUGUAUUUUCUUCAUUUUUCUAUCAAGCCCUCGAUACCACAAACUGUUUCACAAUCCUGUCUGUGGCAAGGAGUAUGCAACCACAUUCUACACUCUAUAAGUAUAUAAAUAUUUUAAACAUGAUAUGAAAGUGUGAACUGUACCUGUGUAUCACUACCUCGCAUUGCAUUGUGGACUGUGUAUUCCAGGUGGACUGUUUUUUUAAUUUUUAUGAUUGGAUGGUGUCAGAGCAGUAUUGAGCAGAUGGAGUUAGAAUAAUUCAGUUCCUUAAUUACUUGUGUCAUUGACAUGCAUGUCCACCAAUCAGUGAUGUGCUCAAUUCAGCAGAGUAUUGUUCAAAUUAAUAUGCUGCUUUGCAGAUGACUCAGAAUGUCCUUUUAUAGUUAUAAAACACUUGUUUUAUGCAAAUACAUUGUUUCUAAAAUGAUUUGUAAUAUGUACAGAUUAAAUUUCAUAUAGCUGACUCGAUCAGAAAAAAAAAAACCCCGCUGCAUUGUCUGGUAAUGAAUUGCUUACUCCAAACAGGCCAUAUUGACAAAAGUGCAUCUCAAAGUCAUUUGUGUUGUAUUAUAUUGUGACUGAAAUGAGAAGAUCUGAUCCUGGAGUGGUGUUGUGCACUUUGAGAUGUUUUGUGCAUUCAGGCCCUGUAUUGAGUCACAUCUUAGGUCCCACAAAGUUUAACUGAUGAAUGUAUGUCUUCUCUCUAUACUGUUGUUAGUAAGAAUUGUAAAAGAGCACUGUAAUCUCCUGGGCUUACCCGCAGCUACUUUAACCAUUUCAUCACUGCUUUCUGAUCAAACUUUCUAGUUACUUUGCAUGUAGCAAAUGCAUAUUAAAUUAUAUCAACUGUAUAUUUGAUCUUUUUUUUUUUAGAAAUAAAGCUAAUGUUUCAAUCCA